AAGAAAGAACAACUCUCCAAAAAGGAAGUGUCUAAAAACUCCGAAAGCAGGGGGGAAAAAAAAGAAAAAAAAAAACAAAAAAAGAAAAGGCAGAAACCCAUUACAAAAACCCCACUCAAAAAGACUUUGUUAUACACAGAGUCUCUGUCUCUCUCUCUCUCUCUCACUCCUUCUCUUCUUCUCUUCUCUCUCAUUUCUCUCUCUAUCUUCCUCUUUUUUGCAUUUCAAUGGAUUCUCUAACCCUCUUCUUCUGCACCGCCUCCCUAAUUGCCGGCGGCCUCUACUGGUUCGUCUGCAUUCUCGGCCCCGCCGAACAAAAGGGCAAACACGCCGUCCAACUCUCCGGCGGCUCCAUCGAUAAGGAGAAAGUUCAGGAUAAGUACAAGCAGUACUGGUCCUUCUUCCGCCGCCCUAAGGAGAUCGAGACCGCCGAUAAGGUCCCUGCUUUCGUCGACACUUUCUACAACCUCGUCACCGACAUCUACGAGUGGGGUUGGGGCCAGUCUUUCCAUUUCUCCCCUUCCAUCCCCGGCAAAUCCCACCGUGAAGCCACCCGGAUUCACGAGGAAAUGGCCGUCGAUCUCCUCAACGUCAAGCCCGGGGCCCGCAUUCUCGACGCCGGGUGCGGCGUCGGAGGCCCGAUGCGCGCUAUUGCCGCCCACUCCGGGGCCCACGUGGUGGGAAUCACCAUCAACGAGUACCAAGUGAAACGGGCCCGGAUGCAUAACAAGAAAGCCGGGUUGGAUUCCCUGUGCGAAGUUGUUUGCGGUAACUUCCUGCAAAUGCCGUUUCCGGACAACAGCUUCGAUGGGGCCUACUCAAUUGAAGCCACAUGCCAUGCUCCCAAGCUCGAAGAUGUUUACAGUGAGAUCUACCGGGUCCUGAAACCCGGAUCUUUGUACGUUUCUUACGAAUGGGUCACCACCGAGCUGUACCGACCCGAUAACCCGGAACAUGUGGAGGUGAUUCAUGGGAUUGAGAGAGGGGAUGCGCUGCCCGGGUUGAGGAGCUACAAGGACAUUGCCGAGGUGGCGAAGAGGGUUGGGUUCGAAGUGUUGAAGGAGAAGGACUUGGCUAAGCCGCCGGCGGAGCCAUGGUGGACUCGAUUGAAGAUGGGUCGGGUUGCUUACUGGAGGAACCACAUUUUGGUGACCAUUCUUGCUUGGCUUGGGAUUGCACCCAAAGGAGUUGUGGAUGUCCACGAGAUGUUGUUUGUCACCGCUGAUUAUCUCACCAAAGGUGGUGACCAAGGGAUUUUCAGCCCUAUGCAUAUGAUUCUCUGCAGAAAACCCGGACCCGAAUCCCAUUCCAGUCCCUCAGAAUGAAUCAAUCCAUGACUCAAUUAGGGAGAGAUGUUGAUAGAUGGGCCUCUUUACUUGGGGCGUAGAGAUUAAUCAUGGAGGUUAAUUUCCAUGCUUGUGGUUUUUGGUUUCAUGUUUUAUUAUGCAUUUGUUGUUCAGGGUUUAGUCUCUUUUUUUUUUCCCUCUUUCUAUUUAACUUAAUUUGAUCAAUUCUGAUAGAAAGUUUGGAACUUUUUUUUUUUCAUUUUCUUAUGUAUUUUUGUUCCUUUUAGCUGUAGUAGUAUUAAUCAAUAUGAGAAAGAUUUACUCCUUGAUGAUUUGAUUUCAAUACUAUCUUCUUCAUUUUCUUUUUCUUUGCGGAACUGGUCAAAUCUGGGGUGAAGUGUUUUUAGUAUUGAGGCUGUUUUGGUGGGAAAGAUCCAAAAUUGAAUGAAUUAGGAAUUUGAUUUUCGAUGAUUACAAAUGCUUUACCGGGUGCCAAAUGGAGAUGGGAUUUGGUCCCCUUGGUUUAUCAUUUUGCUAGAUUUUUUAUUAGGCCAUUGUAAAUAUCAGUGGUGGGCUGGUGGUGUUGUUGUUGUUGAUAGCCACGGGCUGGUGUUUUUUUGGAUUCAGUUCAGAUUUGAACUAUGCCAACUAGCUACUGCUGACAUGUUGCUGUAGAACUACUGUCUGUUUGCUUGUAUUUGUGCAUAGUAAUGGAUAGAUAAAUUAUUGAGUGGGAUGCAGGGCACGUGACCCUGUUAGCUGGAUGCCAUGGUGGG